AUGCUCUCAGGUCUCCUUUACACCACCCUGACAUUGGUCCUCGGGAGCCAGCUCGUGGCUGCGGACGUCUUGUACGAGCUUGACAAUGCCAAAGGCACUGUAUACUAUGACUUGACCAACAAGCUGUGUGGUGAUCUGGCCGCUGGGGACCCGUUCACACCAGAUUGGGCAGAGACGAGUGGCAUUAACAACGGUAUUCCCUUUUGCGAGGGGCAGGGAACUGCCACUCUCGCAGAUAUUGGGUCAAACUCGAUCGUCGCGAUGAACGGAAACAUGGUAACGGCCAACCCUGCUGAAUGGUGUGGGAAAGAAGUGGAGAUCUUUGACUCGAACGGCGAGCAGAUCUUCAUCCCUGAUGGACCAUUUUUCAUCUGGGACGCCUGCGCUGCAUGCUCCUCGGCCUCUAUCAUUGAUCUGUCGGCCCUCGCAUUCACCACGAUCAAAGGCGGCACUUGCGCCGGUAACAACCCGGAAGGUUUGACCGUCAAAGUUCUGGACAAAAACAUCAUGAAUUGGACAGGAAUGGGAUCUGCCGGUUCAGAUUCAGACUCUGGAGAAUCGGCUGCCUCAGGCUCUGCAUCCGUUUCUUCGUCGCCCGCUAGCUCAGCAGCCUCGGUCGCCCCUGCCCCUGCUAGCUCUGCUGCUUUCAGUGUUGCGCCAAUAGACAACAACAUCUACAACGCGAUCCCCACUAGCAGCGCCGAAUCAGUCCCCUCAUCAUCUUCUUCCUCAUCGGGGCCCUCUCGAAUCUCCUACGCAGCUCAACCGUCUCCAUCCGCCUCGUCAAAUACAGAGACAUGUACCUUUGGACUGUGGCAAUGCAACUCGGGGACGCUUCAAGUGUGCAAUUACGAAACGCUCGAGGCGCCAGAAUGGGUCACGAUCACUGAAUGCCCGAAUAAGUGCGAGAUCACCGACUCGGGAAGUAUAGAUUGUCAGUAG